GAGAGCGGAUAUAAUGAAUGCGGGGUCCGGGGAGAGCGGAUAUAAUGAAUGCGGGGUCCGGGGAGAGCGGAUAUAAUGAAUGCGGGGUCCGGGGAGAGCGGAUAUAAUGAAUGCGGGGUCCGGGGAGAGCGGAUAUAAUGAAUGCGGGGUCCGGGGAGAGCGGAUAUAAUGAAUGCGGGGUCCGGGGAGAGCGGAUAUAAUGAAUGCGGGGUCCGGGGAGAGCGGAUAUAAUGAAUGCGGGGUCCGGGGAGAGCGGAUAUAAUAAAUGCGGGGUCCGGGGAGAGCGGAUAUAAUAAAUGCGGGGUCCGGGGAGAGCGGAUACAGAUAAUGCAGGGUCCGGGGAGAGCGGAUAUAGUGAAUGCAGGGUCCGGGGAGAGCGGAUAUAGUGAAUGCAGGGGUCCGGGGAGACCGGAUAUAAUGAAUGCGGGGUCCGGGGAGACCGGAUAUAAUGAAUGCGGGGUCCGGGGAGAGCGGAUAUAAUGAAUGCGGGGUCCGGGGAGACCGGAUAUAAUGAAUGCAGGGUCCGGGGAGACCGGAUAUAAUGAAUGCGGGGUCCGGGGAGAGCGGAUAUAAUGAAUGCGGGGUCCGGGGAGACCGGA